GAGCACGUGGGCGAGUGGAGCAGCCGGGCGGUGCGGCUGUACCGCGUGGAGCUCGGCAUGGGCUACCUCGAGCUGCCGCAGCCCGGGCCCGCGCCGCUGUCCCGGGGCGCGCUCGCCACUAGGAACGUUUACAUCCUCGACGCGCACCUCGACGUCUUCGUCUGGUUCGGUAAGAAGUCCUCCCGGCUGGUGCGAGCAGCUGCGGUGAAGCUCGCGCAGGAGCUGUUCAACAUGGUGACGCGGCCGCCGCACGCGCUCGUCACGCGUCUCCAAGAAGGGACCGAGACACAGGUGUUCAAAACGUAUUUCCUGGGCUGGGACGAAAUCAUAGCGGUGGACUUCACGAGAACUGCAGAGUCUGUGGCGAGGACCGGGGCAGACCUCGCCAGCUGGGCCAAACAACAGGAGACUAAGGCCGAUCUAUCAGCGCUGUUCACGCCGAGGCAGCCGGCGAUGACGGCGUCAGAAGCGAAGACCCUCGCAGACGAGUGGAACGAAGACCUGGAAGCGAUGGAGGCCUUCGUGCUGGAGGGACGCCACUUCGUCCGGUUGCCCGAGAACGAACUGGGGGUCUUCUACAGCUGUGAUUGCUACGUGUUCCUCUGCAGAUAUGUCUUGUGUCCUGAUGCCGAGGAAGAGAGCGAGGGCUCCAACGUGGAUCACGAGACGGAAGACGACGGUGAAUCCGCCACCUGGGUCGUGUACUUCUGGCAGGGACGUAGGGCUCCCAACAUGGGCUGGCUGACGUUCACCUUCGGUCUUGAGAGGAAGUUCAAGCAGCUCUGCAAGCGCCUUGAGGUCGUCCGGACGCACCAGCAGCAAGAGAGCCUCAAGUUCCUCUCGCACUUCCACAGGCAAUUCGUGCUCAGAGACGGCAAGAGGAAUCUUAAACCGGAGGGUCGUCUGCCCGUCGAGUUGUUCGAGCUGCGUAGUAACGGCUCCGCGCUCUGCACCAGGCUGGUCCAGGUCAAAGCGGAGGCGUCCCAACUGAACAGUGCCUUCUGCUACAUUUUAAACGUACCGCUGGAAGGUAACGGGGAAACGUCGUCCGCCAUCGUGUACGCGUGGAUCGGGAGCAAAAGCGACCCCGACUCCGCGCGACUCAUCGAGCAAAUGGCCGAAGAUAAGUUCAACAACCCGUGGGUCAGCCUACAGGUAUUAACGGAGGGUAGCGAGCCAGAUAAUUUCUUCUGGGUGGCGCUCGGUGGCCGCAAGCCUUACGACACAGACGCGGACUAUCUCAACUAUACGAGACUGUUCCGGUGCUCAAACGAGAAAGGAUACUUUACAGUCUCCGAGAAAUGUACGGACUUCUGUCAGGAUGAUUUGGCUGAUGAUGAUAUUAUGAUAUUGGACAACGGAGAACAGGUCUUUCUGUGGCUUGGAGCAAAAUGUUCUGAAGUGGAAAUAAAGCUUGCAUACAAAUCUGCACAGGUGUAUAUACAACACAUGAAAACCGUACAACCAGACCGUCCAAGGAAACUGUUUUUGACACUAAAAGACAAAGAGUCACGUCGGUUCACCAAGUGCUUCCAUGGCUGGGGGGAUCACAAGCGGCCUCCAGAAUAAAUUUGAACACCGUGUAGUCAAUUGGCUAUAAUUUUACUUUAAUGGUUAACAUCUUGCUGUUUUUUUUUUUGAAUAAGCACUUUCAACAUAAGAAAGUUUACCAGAGUGAUAAUGUUACAUGCAUAUGGAGGCCUUAAAUAAUGGACAUGAAAGAGAUAAAAUAUUCAGGAACUCACAAUAGGUAUGGAGACAAAAUAAAAAACACCUAAAAAUUCAGAAAUUCAGCAUUUACUUUGUAAAUAAUUUUAAAUAUGUUUAAUGUUUUGAUUCUCUGUAUCUAUAGAAAUUAAUGUGCAUUCUAGGGUCCAUGGGUUUUAGUAAUCUCUCAACUUCAGGUUUUGUAAAGCAUUAAUAGGAGAUGAGUGUACAUCCUACUUGAUGGUAAGUAGUCACCAUCACUCGUGGACUUGCUUGUUCCAUAUAAAUAUGUUGUACAUGCAAACAAGGAACUAAAAUUCCAAGCAACAUAUUUUUCCUUUAAUUCCUAACCCAAUUUGUUGAUUGAUUGUAAAACAAAUAUUUUCCUGUCUAAAUAAAUUACAAUUUAACAUAAAAUGAAACCAUUUGUUCAAAAUGAAAGACUGAAUCAUGCCAUUUUAAUGAACAUUAUUUUAUUCAGAUUUUUUCUUAAUAAUAAUACACAAGAGUAAUGAGAUUACAAGUUAUUUAUUGGAAAGAGUAACUUUUGACUAGAAUAGAUGAUUGACUUUUUGUUACUCCCUUGUAAAGACAUCUUUUUAUAAUAUUGCAUUUAUGUUAAAUACACAACUUUUUAAAAAUAAAUGUAUUCACUGACUUCACAUACUGUUUUAUUUUAAAGUAAAGCUAAAGAAGGUUGGUAUUAUUACUAUCUUGUUUUUAUUUGAAAUUGUGAAAUAGAAUUGACAAAAAGUAGUAAGCUUUUUUAAGUGCAUUACUGUUCAAUAAAUGGUAAGUGUUAAAACAAUUUGUCAAUGAAAACUCUUAAUGACAUUAACAAUAACAUUUGUUUUUGC